AUGUUAGACCAAGCGGAGCCAUUAAUUACACCCGAAUCGCCACCGCCGCUCCCCGCCGCUUCGACGAGGAGGUCUCCAUUCUCCGAGACGCGAGAGGUUAAAUUUACGACGCGCGAGCUGAAAGGAGUUGGCGGUGAUGUUGAGAAGAAGCUACUUUCGAGGGGUGGCGUUUCCUUUGCGCAGAUAGCCGAGCCAGAAAGCACCAUCCAGUAUGACCCGGCCAUCAUCACCAACGAGGUGAUCAUGAAAGAACUCCAAAAGUCCGGGAUCGAUGCCCGACUCCUCGGUGAUAAUUUUGUUUCCCUGUCCAACGACAUGGCCAACAAGAAGCUGGCGCUGAUCAGCGUCGAUGUCGACACCAACUAUCAAUUCGAAACUUCCACCCCAAAGGCUUGUAAAAAGAUGCAAAAAUCUGAAGACGCGGUCCGCUUCAGCAAAUUACUCGCCCAGGAUGUCGAAAUACCACUGGGAGAUCGAAAUGAAAAAGCCACCGCAAGCGCCAAGGCCAGCUUCGCCAUCGAGGGGAUGACGUGCGCGAGUUGUGUGCAGUACCUCGAGGGAAAUAUUGCUAAAUUAAAUGGGGUUCGCGCGAUCACUGUUGCGCUGAUCUCGUCGAAAGCGGAUGUAACUUUUGACCCCCGGCUGGUCACGGUAGAAGAGUUGGCGGAAAAGGUGCAAGAGCUCGGAUAUAAAGCCACUCUUCUCGAUUCCUCGCUCUCGCGGGAGAACAAAAUCGAGCUGAUCGUCAAUGGGGCUUGUACGCUUCAAGAUGCAAAUAGGAUCGAGUCGUACGUGAUGGCUUUGCAGGGAGUGGAAUCCUGCAACUAUUCAGCUGCCAAUUCGAUAGCCGAGGUGGAAUUUGAGCCCACCGUGACUGGGCCUCGUGAUAUUAUCACGGUUAUUGAGUCUCUCGGCUACACAGCCGAGCUCGUCUCGAAGGAGAAGCGCAUCCAGCAGCUUGACCACAGCCACGAGGUGGCCAAGUGGCGAACCGCCUUCUUCAUCUCGUUGAUUUUUGGGAUCCCAGUGAUGUUGAUUAUGAUUGUUUUCCACUGGAUUCUACACACGCACAUGCAUGCCGAGAAUCAGAUUCCUGUUUUUACGCCCGCGCUGUCGGUUGACAAUUUGUUGCUGCUGCUUCUAUCGACACCAGUGCAGAUCAUCGGCGGUCGCUACUUCUACGUGGCGUCAUGGAAAGCCUUGAAACACGGCACGAUGAAUAUGGACGUGCUCAUCGUCCUGUCCACAACCAUCGCCUACGUCUACUCCCUGGUCGUCCUGCUAGCCGCAAUUCUUCUGAAAUGGGAGGUGUCGCCGAUGACCUUCUUCGACGUGCCGCCGAUGCUCAUCGUUUUCGUGGCGCUCGGCCGGAUGCUGGAGCAUAAGGCAAAGGGCAAAACAUCAGAAGCCCUCUCCAAAUUGAUGUCCCUGCAAGCUCGCGAGGCCAUUCUCGUGCAUCGCGGUGACCUAAUCAAAGUGCUCGCCGGCGGGAAAUUCCCGGUGGACGGCGUUGUUGUCGAUGGGAAGAGUGCUGCCGAUGAAAGCUUCAUUACCGGGGAGAGCAUGCCGGUUGUCAAGCACAUUGAUAGUGCGGUCAUCGCCGGCUCGGUCAACCAAACGGGCCCGCUCGUUGUCCGCGCAACACAUGUCGGCAAGGACACCACCCUUGCCCAAGUUGUCCGCCUCGUCGAAGAUGCGCAAACGAACAAGGCCCCAAUCCAACAAAAAGCCGAUCGAAUUGCCGGGAUUUUUGUCCCAUUCGUCGUGCUGGUUUCUAUGGUCACCCUGGUCGGAUGGAUCGUUUUCGGGUAUUGGACCUGGGCGGAUGAUGCUAUUACCGGCACCGCCAAGUUCGAGGCGAUCAUCAAGGUGGCAUUUGAGGCGGCUAUCAAAGUGUUGGCGAUCGCUUGUCCGUGUUCUCUUGGCUUGGCUACCCCGACGGCUGUAAUGGUCGGCACAGGCAUCGGCGCCGUCAACGGCAUCCUGAUCAAGGGCGGCGAACCCCUAGAAAAAGUGCACAAGGUGAAAACGGUGGUCUUCGACAAGACGGGCACGAUCACGCAAGGAAAGCCGAAAGUCGUCUCGGUGCACGGGUUCUUGACCUUCUCCAGCAAGACGCUCAACAAGGCGCUAGCUGCUGCUGGUUCCGGAGAAGCCAUGUCGGAGCACCCGAUCGGCAACGCCAUCGCCAGCUUUGUCAAAGAACUGCUCAACGCCUCAGAGUGGGCGACCGUCUCGCGGUUCUCGGCGUACCCGGGCAGCGGAAUUUCGUGCCGGGUCUCUGAUGUCGAUGAGUUCAUCGCUUCGUCAAGCCCGGAUUCGCGUUUCGACUUCCGGUCCGUCGACCACCACCAUGAGACGCUUUUCCCGAGGACCGACGCUCGCUACAUACAAUCCGGAGAUAAAGAUGGCGCUAAUGUCUUCGCCACCCAAGAUUACAAAGUUCUCGUCGGGACCGUCCAGCUGAUGGAGAAGCACGGGAUUCCAGUCGACGGCGAGGCCUUCUACACGCUCCAGGAGCAGCAGAGCAAGGGCAACAUUGUCGUGCUGUGCGCGAUCAAUGGUCAACUCGCGUGCAUGUUCACCAUUGCCGACGAGGUCAAGAAGGAGGCCGCUCUGGCGGUCUGGGCCCUAAAGAAGAUGGGCAUGAACGUCGUCCUGUUGACGGGUGAUAAUAGCAAGACGGCUGUCGUUACGGCGAAAAAGGUCGGCAUCACUGAUGUCUUUGCCGAAGUACUGCCUAACCAGAAGCAGGAAAAGAUCAAGCAGUUGCAGAAAGAUAAGACCAAGGUGGCCAUGAUUGGCGACGGCGUCAACGACAGCCCCGCCCUCGCCCAAGCUGAUGUCGGCAUUGCCAUCGCCGCCGGGAGUGAUGUGGCGAUCGAGAGUGCUGGAAUUGUGCUUGUUAGGAAUGAUCUCUGCGACGUCGUCGCCGCCAUCAAGUUGUCGAAGAUGACCACAAGGCGUAUCCACCUCAACUUCCUGUUCGCGAUCUGCUACAACGUGAUUGGGAUCCCGAUCGCUGCUGGUCUCCUCACCCCGAUCGGCAUCUCCCUCGAGCCCUGGAUGGCCGCCGCAGCCAUGGCGAUGAGCAGCGUUUCCGUGGUGGCCAGCAGUCUGCUCCUCCGCUCCUACAAGAAACCAUCUCACGCCUCCCUAUCCAACGGCGAAUUCAAGAAGUACAAGCGGAUGCUGGAGCGCGGAGAUUUUGAGGUGAACAUCCACCGCGGGCUGGACAACGGCGUCUUCAUGAGGGCACCGUCGAAGAUUUCGCUGCUGGGCAGCAAGAUCACGUCGGCGUUCGGCGACUCGAUCAACAGCCUCGUUGGCGCGCAGAGCAAGAAUACACAAAGGCGCCAAACCCUGCUCGAAAGCGGUGGCAGCGGCUACGAGUCCGACGAGCACCUCCAAAUC